GCAGGCACAGAACCAGCAGCACUUGUCGCCCGAUCACAUGAUCUGACUAAGCAGCUAGCUACUUCCUGUGUAGACUGCUAGCCAAUUCACGCCCAGACGGCCGCAGAGACUGCGACUUCUGUGUCAUCCAAAAUGUUGGCCCUCAUAAACAGGCUUUUGGACUGGUUCAGGUCCCUGUUUUGGAAGGAGGAGAUGGAGCUUACGUUAGUUGGACUUCAGUAUUCCGGAAAAACAACAUUCGUCAACGUGAUUGCAUCGGGCCAGUUCAGUGAAGACAUGAUUCCCACAGUCGGUUUCAACAUGCGGAAGGUCACUAAGGGCAACGUGACAAUAAAGAUAUGGGACAUAGGUGGACAGCCUCGCUUCAGAAGCAUGUGGGAGCGCUACUGUAGGGGAGUCAAUGCAAUUGUUUACAUGGUGGAUGCAGCAGACAGAGAGAAGAUAGAAGCAUCCAGAAAUGAACUGCACAACCUCUUAGACAAACCGCAACUACAGGGAAUACCUGUCCUAGUACUGGGCAACAAACGAGAUCUACCCAACGCACUUGAUGAGAAGCAGCUCAUUGAAAAAAUGAACCUGUCUGCCAUUCAGGACCGAGAGAUCUGCUGCUACUCAGUCUCCUGCAAAGAGAAGGACAAUAUAGAUAUCACACUGCAGUGGCUCAUCCAGCAUUCAAAGUCACGGAGAAGCUGAAAGUGAAGCCCUCCCCGGUCGCAGCUCUGGCCUCAGCUCCCUAUCGGUCAUGGGUCCUCGACAGUCAUCCCUUUCACUGCCUCUGUGAAGUAAUCCAGCUCUCUCUGCUCACUACUGUCACCACCUGCUCCACCCAGUACACUACCAUAGAUGUGUAAACCUUGUACAGCACUACCGCCACCCCAACCGUCUGGAGUGUUGAAAAGCUGUCUCAGUCCUGUGCUAGAAGGUGGAUUGUCCAAGCCCAUCAUGCCUUAUCGCCUGCCAUCACGGGCAUGCUGUGUGUCUGUGUACAUCAUGGACGUUUUUUUUUUUUUUUUUAAUUGCUUCUGUUCCCUUCCACACAGGAUUCUAAUGAUGUUGCAGUAUACUGUUCCCUGGAUACACUAGGACGGAGUUCCUCUAUUCCCACAGUCAAACAUCCGCUCUGUCGUCUGCCAACAUUCGGUGUUUACGUGACAUCAUGUGAUUGUAGCUUUUAACAGUUGUAUGUGAAAUGAUGAUGGUUGCUUACGCUAAUGCCUUCACUUCCUUAUAAACUCUUAGCAAUGUAGCUUGCACUUUAUUUGCUGGCAUAUGGAAGUAUGUAUUUUAUUAAGUGACUUGAAUUAAAGUUUACACAUAACAAAGAUCAGUAGAAACAGAGUAGUUGUUGCAUUUGAGGCAAAGACCCUGAGACAGGUCAGCAGAGUUUUAAGUGCCUUCGGCUGAGUGAGCACCCCGAUCAGACGGUUAAUGUCCAAUGCAACUUCUAACCCACCAUUAUAAAUAAGCACUUGGUACAGAGACAGAAUAAAUCCCCUGAUUACAUUUAAUGCCACGUCGCGACAAUCUUGUUUUAUGGUGUGUAAUCAUGUAAAAACAAUGAUUCCUGAGAAAAGACAGCACUGCAUUAACUGUGAAAAAUGAAAUAAUGGAGGACUUGGAUGAGAAAUGUUACUUUGUCUGGUCGAUGAAUAGUUGGAAUGUUUUUUUUCACUUGUAGCUUGUGACUCUUAUGUAGCGUGAAAUGUGGGCUAACUUUUGCAUGAAGUUCUCAGGUUGUAACAGGAAUUUUUUAAACUGUUGAGCAAAAUGUGGGUGUGCCCAAGUAUCUCUUUAGUAAUCCCCUAUUUUGUUCACAUUGGAUAACAGAAGACAGUCCAUUAGUUUGUGUCAGAUGCUUGGCAUCAUCCAUACCUGUUACACCCCUCUCUGAAUCAUGAUGUCUUUUUGUAGAAGCCUUAGCAGUCCAAGGACAACGUUGUCUCUGAGCAUGAUGUAGUGACUGGCACGUCCUUUCCUCUCAGCGACGAGACAAUGAUUUCUCACAGGUUUGACUGCUGUAUAUUAACCUGCCUCUUGCUUGGCCAGCGCAUCUUAAUCCUUUGGGUGAGUGAGUGAGUGUCACAGAAUCAGAUUGAGUAAUCCCUUCUCCUGUGAUAUUGUAUGUAGGCCUACAUGGGUCCUGCAUUUCAGUGUAAUGUUGUCUCCAGGUCCAUCACACACACUCUCUUUUAUGUCUCAUAUUGUUCUGUGUUUGUCGGUGAUCAUCGUAAUCCUAAAUGCUGAUUGUUGGGACCACAGCAGCAGUGAGGGGCUGUGUAAUUUGGGUGACUAUGUGGGAUAAUUUGGGGAAAGCUUUGUUACCUGUGUAAUAAUAUAGCCUAUUUGCCGUUUGUAUGUGCAUGUGCUGAACGUAUUCACAUUGAAUUGCAGACUUUGUAAAUAAGAAGUUAGCAUUUUUAUUCCAACAAAUGCUCCUGUAGAUGUCAUGCAUUCUUUCCCUGUGAUUGCUAAUAAAUUUGUUUUUAUUUUUAAGGA